UUCGAGAAUCGAGAGCUGGUAUAUUUUGGCAGUCGAUUGUUCCGUACAGUGUUUCCAGUUUCAAUUUUUGUUUUGUUGUGAAGUGGGCGUCAGAAAUGCGUACUACGUGUAGAGCAAGAUAAGUGGCAAAGUUUCAUGGCAGUAUAGGGUGUUUGUUGUAGAGUCACUCGCCUUUAGACUGAGUUUUAAAACAUGUAUCUGUUUGCAACAGUGUUUCUGACGAAGUCCGCAAAAUAACGUUCGCGUUUAAAGCUGUUUCAGAUACUUAUCCAACUCUUAACGCCAACAGCCCGAAUACACAUAACAGGAGUUUGUGUCUACAAGAUAUUUACAAGCUGUGAAAUUUCCACUCUUGGCAUAACUUUCAGUGAAGAAGGCAAUCUAGACAACUCUGUUAAUGUCGUCAAAGAAAUGACAUUAUCUCACUGUCACUAUGCUCGAACUUAUACAACGGUUGCUGUAAUAUGCCUCGUACAAUAAAAUGGAAAUCACGAACGAGAAAUGUACCAUUAUUCCGGUAUACAGACGCCUUGCCGUCAACAGUGCCUGAAAGUGUCAAAUUUAGAAGAUGAAGACAAACAAAUGAAGCAAUAUGGUUCGACUGCAGUUGUUAACAUUUACUUUGUGUCUUUUAGCACUUUGCGUUAUUGGCUUAAUUGGACUGUUUACGAUCAUAGCGGAGAAUGAACAACCAUUCCUAAUCAGACCACGCCCACGCCAGUUCUACGAUCUUUAUCCCCUCGAUUUACAGCUGUUGAAUUUACCACAUUUUAGUUACAUCAUAAAUAAUGACAUAUGUGGACUGAAAACAGUUGAUUCAGUUUUGUUGGUUACGUCUCACUGCGGAAAUGUAGAAGCUCGGAGUGCUAUAAGACAAGCAUACCCCCAGCAUGAGUUAAUAAAGCUCGGAAUUCGCAGACUUUUUCUGUUAGCAGUAUCACCAGCUGUAAAUGAAAAUUCAAUACAUGACGAAAACAGAAGGUAUGCAGAUGUUCUUCAAGGAAGCUUUCUUGAAGCUUAUCGCAACCUGACAUACAAACACGUGAUGGGACUACAGUGGGCUGUACAUCACUGUCCACAAGCACGAUUUGUUAUCAAAAUGGAUGAUGAUAUUGUAGUGAAUAUGUACAAACUUUCUGAAAUAAUUUCGUAUAUUUCUGAAUCUCAGAGAAAGGAUCUCCUUAUGGGUUAUGUACUUAAGGGGAUGGUUCCAGUUCGAGAACCUGCUAACAAAUGGCCACCUAACCAUGAAAAGGGAAAGAAAAAUGUAUCAUCACAUCAAAAUAAGAAGAAAUCCAAGGAGGAAGGUAUCAUAAAAGAUGAAGGGGCUAUACUAAAGUUCAUGGAAGUUUCUUCGGAGAUGCUAGAAGUUCCACCAGGGCCAUCAUGUGUGAGUUAUUCUGAGGCUAGUGCUGCUCAGAACCAAGAAGCAGCUGAAAUAGUACAAGUACACAACAGUGAUGACUUACUGGGACCUGUAAUUGAUACUAUAAUUUCGUCAGCUUCAUGUGCUUCUGAUGGGACUGCUGAAAUUGUGAUACCAGAUCAAACUGUAAUCUUAUCAGCUGCUUCAGAUUUUGUCAGAAAUGAUAUUGGAAAAUGGGCUGAAAAGACAGAUUCAAACAUGUGAUGGUUAUUAACACAUGGAGGUCUCAAAGUCUUAUCAGCACAUUAAUACAAAAUUCAUAGAAGGGCCAACAGUACCGCUCACAUUCAAAUCAGAGUCAGAGACAGGCUCUGUCACACUGAAAGUACUGUCAAGGAGGCAGUUAAUGAGAGAACGGUUUUGGUGCACAUUGACAAUGGCAGAAAGGUUUUACAUGUUUGUGUGGCUUAUUUUCCUUCUAAAGCAUCAUUGUUUUACUUCUGUCACCUCUCUUUGGUGAGUUCGUGCUUGGCUACCAUGGGGCCCCAUCCUUUGCAGCACCUCUUCCCUUUCCAUGCUGCAUGUUUGUACUCCUGCUCUUCUUUUUCCCCUCGCAUGGGGAAUGUUUGUGGGAUGCUUUUGCGAACGUGUUCUGAAGUUUUAAUAGCCUGACAUCAGACCAGUCCCCCAUCUCUUUUCUUUCUUUCUUUGUUCUCCACUGACUGCCCUACCUCUGAUCCAGCUUUUGAGGUUUCCUCUGCCGGCCACUGUGGCCGAGCGGUUCUAGGCGCUUCAGUCCAGAACCCCAUUGCUGCUGUGGUUGCGGGUUCGAAUCCUGCCUUGGUCAUGGAUGUGUGUGAUGUCCUUAGGUUAGUUAUGUUUAAGUAGUUCUCAGUACAGGGGACUGAUGACCUCAGAUGUUAAGUCCCAUAGUGCUUAGAGCCAUUUGAGGUUUCCUCUUUGUUUUUUCUUCCACGCUGUGUGCUCCUGAAUGCUGGCCCAGACGUUUGACACAUAACAGGUGACUGGGUAACGCUUAAUUCCCAGCCCUGGGUCGACAAGUAGGGUUUGCAUUUAUCCCCUGUUACAGGCCAGGACCAAGGAGGGGUGAUUGCCAAUUGGUCCCUCUGCCAGGAGUUUGGGAGGUAUGAACAAUCACUGAUGAUUGGUGAUCCCCCCUUUUGAGGGGGCCCCAGUUGGAAGAAGAGCGGCAUCAGAGAUGCUGCUAAUCAUGGGGAUUUUUUUGCAAUGAGCCACUCAUCUUCAUCUAAGUUUAUAAGUACUAAAUGUAUACAAAAUGAGGCUAAAUAUUCAAAGACUCUCCAAGGUGCACCUAGGUUCCAUGUGGUGUCACAUACCGAAGGAGGUAAGUCCUCUGCUAUGGUUAAUCCAUCCAUUAUUCAGGAAAGUGUUGAUGCAAUUGCAGGCCCUGUGAAAUCUUGCUCUUGUUUACAUAAUGGGACUUUGCUUUUGGAGACCAAUGGUGAUUUUCAAGCUCAACAACUGCUUUCAGCUUCUCUCCUCCAUGGCUAUCCUGUUCCAUUUGGGGAGGGUCAUAAUGGCGGAAGGGGAGGAAGAAACAAAUGAAGGUUUGUCAGCUCGACAGUUGUCAAUUACCACUCUUUGAAGACUCAGUGCUAAAGGCAUGGUAUUCUCACUGGUUCGACCUGCAGAUUCCAGGGCAGAAAAAACAUUAGGUGAUGCGCACCAGUGAAAUGGAGGUUGGCCAGGUGGUGGUAUCAUGCGGUGACACUGUUGAAGAGGAUCUCCAAGUCAGGGGAGGAGAAGACUGAUUGCUUUUGUUUGAUUUCUUAGAGCCUUUGCUGUUGGCAGAUGAAGACUCAGAUGUUUGUUGGCUGGAGGGAUGUAGAAAGUCUUUGCAGGAGUAUUCCUUUUGUCCCAUCAAAUGCUGAACUCUUUGCAUGGUGUUAUUUACACUCAGCUGUCAAAACUUACUUCUCUGAUCAGAACAUCACUGCAGUCCAUCAGGUAAUGAAAAAGGUUGAUGUUACCUUAAUUCUUACAAGCACUCUUUUUCUCACUUUUGAUCAAGUAGUGCUUCCAUCGAAGAUCAAAGCAGGCUAUGAAGUCACCACAGUCUGAUGAUAAUUCCAAACUUGUGUUGCUAUCAGUGUCAAAGUUACAACCAAACUUGAGUGUCCUGCAAAAACAUUGCCAAAUGUGUUUCUUGACAGUUCAUCAUUUCCUGACUGAAUGCUCUAUUUUUAGCCACUUACAUUUUCAUAUAUGUUUUCCAUGUGAGUUAUUGACUGUUUUAAUGAAUGACGUAAGGGCUGUCGACCAUGUUUUACUUUUUAUUCAUCUUAGCAAUAUGCUGAAGGGACCUCCUCUGUCUCUACAGCGUAUUUCGCUGUCCUUGUUCUCAGCUUGCUUUCCUUCGACCAAUUGGGCUUAAUGUGUAGUUGCUUUUAAGUUCCUUUACUUCUUAAUGUUCUAAGGUUAUGACAUGGGUGCUUAUGACCUUAGUUACUUUUGCACUGUAAAACAAAGAAACAAACACACACAUUGAAGUUUUACUCCUUGGUUGGGUUUAAUACUUGGUGGAAACUGAACCCAAAAGUCACCAAAACUUUUACAGAUGGAAGGGAUUGAAACAAAAACUUCAAAAAGGUCAGACUAUUGGCAAAAAAGAGCAGGAAGUCAUGGAAAAAAGAAUAAUAAAUAUCAUGAAAUUCUUACCAGAAUGUUUGAUAUGGCAACAUUCCUGGCAAGACAAAAUUUAGUGUUAUGUGGUCAUAGGGAAAAUGAUACCAGAACCAAUAGAGGUAAGUUUUUAAAUCUAAUGCAUCUGUUGUCAAAUUAUAGUCCUGCUCUUGGAGAACAUUUAAUAAAAUUAAAUAUGGGCCAAAAAUUCACUUAGACCCUCUUGUAUGCCACCAGAGGUUCGAAAUGAGUUUAAUGAAAUUUUAGGAAAUAAAUUUCACCAAAAAAUUAUAGGUUGAGCUCUUAAGGCCAAGUAUUAUUUGGUGAUAUUUGAUGAUACCCCAAGUAUUUGCCACAAAGAUCAAACAAGCCAAGUAUUAUGAUACUUUAUCACUGAGGACUGGGAAGUACGAGUAGUGAAUCGUUCAUAGAUUUCAUAGAAACGAAAAACAAAACAGUCAUAUGUAUUAGUGAGAUGAUAUUAAGUAUUGCUGAUGGGCUGGACCUUAUGAAUUGUAAAGGUUAAGCUUACGACAAUGCUGCUACAAUGACUGGGGGACAGACAGGUGCACAGCAAACUACUCAUUGAACCUUGCAUGCAGCUUUGGUGAAGCUGAAUUCAAUCACUUUUUUCAGCACAUCAUAAUGCUGUUAUGUUUUCUCUUUUGUAUCCUCACACUGAAGGGUGGUUCUGAUUGCUGUUACAAGCAAGAGUUUGAAGAGACUUUUACAAAGAAAUUUUGACAACACAAGAGAAACUAACAGAAUCACAGGAAAGCUUAAACAUGUGAAUGGAAACAGGAAAUUGUUAGUUGUGAUACAGGCACUGUUGUUUCUAUGUUUCUUCUGUCUCUGGCAGCUGGUGCUGCUUGAAGUAAAUGAUGCCCAAAAUUAUUUGCAAAUGGAGGGAAUAAAUGUAUAUCAGUGUUCUCAGAAAUAAGUGUCUUACAGACGGUAUUAGGAGGGUAAUGAGAGGAAUUUGCAGAUGAGUCUUCAAGUCAUGUUAAAAAUAUGUGUGAAGAACUUGGCAUUUGAAACUCCCUGGCACAUUAAAACUGUGUGUCGGACUGAGACUUGAACUCGCCACAUUUGUCUUUCAUGGUAGAGCAUUUGCCCAUGAAAGGUAAAGGUCCCGAGUUCGAGUCUCAGUCCAACAAGCAGUUUUAAUCUACCAGGAAGUUUCAUAUCAGCGUACACUCUGCUGCAGAGUGAAAAUUUCAUUCUGGAGCUUGGCAUUUCUAUUGAACCUCCAAGACAAGUUAGGAGGAGGCAAAUUUCUGGCAGUGUAAGUAGAAAUGCUGGCUUAUUGCACAAAGCUGAUUUAAAAUGAAAAAUGUUUCCUCUCUUUCGAUACACUAACUGCUAAAGUUUUGGAAAGGUUCCAGCAGCUCCAGAAGAUGGCUGAAAAGUAUACCUUCCUAAGCCCUUCAGUAAUAUUGGGCAUUGUUGGUGACAAAUGCAGCUUUAACCAAGCUCCUCAAGAUAUUGACAGAGAAGAGUUUAAGCUUAAGGGCAUGCAUCUACAGGCACUCGUAGUUACAGAAGACUGUAGUUACAGCAGACUGUGAGAAAGAACUUAUUGAUUCUCACCCAUUGGGUUUCGUUUUUGAAUCCACAGUUGAAGGAUGACCCCCAAUAUAAUUACAAUGUGUAGAAUGUUCCUCACAGCUGCCAUAAGUAAUGCCAGUUGUGAGAGAAGGUUCUCUAGAUUGAAACUGAUUAAAAAUUAUUUAAGAUCUACAUUGUCCACAUUGAGAUUAAAAAAUCUAGCUGUUUUGGCACUCAAACAAAUUAACAUUGAUGAAUUUACUAAAGAGUUUGUGCUGAA